AUGAGUAAAGUAUUUAUACUCGGAUCAACGGGACUAGUUGGUUCCCAUCUUCUUACACAAUUAAGUGAAGCCAGUAACGUGGCUCAAUUGUUCACCGUAUCAAGAAGAGCACCUAAACUUGAAUCUCCCAAAUUAGUAGCUACAAUUGAACCUGACUCCAAGAAAUGGUUGGUUCCUACUGAUAAGGGAAUCGAUACUUAUAUUUCAGCUUUUGGUACUACACGUGCUGAUGCUGGAGGAGCCACACAAUUUAUUGAGAUUGACCAUGGUAUCAAUUAUGCUUUAGCCAAACUGGCAAAGGAAGCAGGUAUCAAAAGAGUUGUUCUUGUUAGUAGUAUGGGUGCCAACGCCAACUCUUGGUUUCUUUAUCCUAAGACUAAAGGCCAGUUGGAGAAAGAUAUCCUAGAUUUAGGAUUUGAAGAAACCAUCAUUGUUAGACCAGGUAUGCUUUUAGGAGCAAGAGAUAAGAAGAAACCUUUUAUGAAUGAUAUUGGUUUAUUCCUUUGUAAGACUCCAUUGAGUCGAUUUCUCCAUCCAAUCGAAGGCUCUGAUGUAGCCAAAGCCAUUGGCAUUCUUUUGAAUAAAGAUCACGUGACUGAUGGCCUGUCUAAACCAGUGGUCACUAUUGUUGAGCCUGCUGAUUUGAUCAAGUUGGCAAAGGCUUAA